UUGCAGGAUACAUCUAUCAUACAUAGAAAACAAUACUUAUUGUUUGCUUGAUUACAGAGAGAAAAAAAAAGCAAAACAAAAACAAUACCUUAUUCAAAGUGUUCUAUAUAUUUGUUAGCUGACAUUUUCAAAAUGAAGCUUUCUUUUUUAAAAAAAAAAAAAAAACCAACAUGAUCAUGAACAAUGCAUAGUAGGAACAAAGGGUCUAGAAAUCUAACAUUCCACAGCUGUGAGUCAGUGUGAAAAAUAAGGCUAUCUAGAGAAAAAAAACCCACAAUGAAUUUCAAAACAAUACAUAUUCCAUUGACAGGCUUCAGAUAAGAUUAUCUGAGCAUAUGAAAUAUAAAAGCAAAGUUAUGUAAGGAAAAUAGGAAUUUAAAAUGUUAACAACGAACUUGGGAAUGAAGAAACUAGAUUUCUCAAGUGAUGGCCUCCAAACAUUCAAAUUAGUAUCAAGUGAAGAUCAAUUACCAACCCAAGAUCAACAUCCAGAGGUGAGAAAUAACCAAGUCCAUUUUACUAAAUAAGCUACAACUACUCAUAGCACUUAUUCAGCACAUAUUUAUCAAUGGAAUGACAAAGUGGUUUUUAACCAAAAAUAAAAAAAGUUUGAUCACCAGUCACUGAAUGAUUCAGUGAAAGACUGGAAAACAUAUCUGCAUGCUCUGAAAUGUUAAUUACAAGUUCUUUUCACGUUUCAUGCCAAUGUAAAUGGAAUGAAUGGAAUUGCAGUGUCAUAUCCUGCGCUUUGUUCCUGUCCUUUCACACUGGGUCAGCAGCGUGAAGGUUUCAUACAGCUGCCAUAAACUGAGGUUCUUCACUGCCCCCAGUCACUGCCAUCUGCUCUUCACAUGAUCGUAGUGGAUGAGUCCAAGGAAUAAGAGUCACAGAGCUGCUGUUUUCCAGCAGUCCCUAGCACAAUGCUUCCCAAGUGCUGCAUUAAUACAGGAUAUGUACCACAGAUAACUCAGCCACACUAAAUAACUAGUCUCUACACAGUGUUACAUUAAAUUCAGGAUAAAGAGGAUACAAAAUAACUGCUAAUAUUGGCUCUUACCUGAGUUAGAUUCAGCUUCCUUACUCACAAGGUCACAAGCACAACGCUGAGGCAAGACUAGUUGCGGGAAUUUGAAUGUGGGUGUAUAGAAUGCAUAUUUUACAAAUAACUAUUUAUUUCUAAAGUUUAACUAAUAUGUUUUUAAAACAAAUAAAUACAGAUUAGGCUACAUACACCUUUAUAACCUUUUUCAUCUGUCAUAAAUGAUAUCCAGAUACAAAUGCAGAUCUUUCAGAUAGAAGACAUACAGAAUUUAUUUAAAAAAAUAUUUGCUACAGAUCACCCUUUGCCAUCAUGCAAAAUGUAUAGGGAACUAUUGGGAAAACUUGUAUUGUUGAUGUUCUAAACUGAACAAAAAUAUAUCCUUAUUUUAAGAAAGCUGAAACACCCUGACUGCCAUGGGAAGUCUGUCCUGAAAAACAUUUCUUCUGUAUACUCUACGCAGUCUCACUCAUCCCAGUUAUCAUUCAGAACAGCAAACUGCAGUAUUUAGAGGGUAAUGAAUACUAAGGUUGACCUCUUUUAGCUGCCCUGAAAAAUCUGUCUUUGCCAUGCUUGUAGCUGAGGCCUCACAGAAAGCAAGAAAUAUAUUUUAAACAUCAGCUGAACAAAAGUCAUGCAGCUGUAGCUACAUUAUGUCCAUCACUUGUCUUAUAUUAAUAAAGAAGUUAGAUCAGUUAUGGGAGAAAAACAUAGUUGCAAUUUUAAAAUCCAGAGAAAGAUAUGGAAUUCAUAGGGAGAAGGAAAAAGAACAAAAAGCCUACAUCACAGAGUACAGGGGACUGCUGUAAGUUAUCCCUAAAAAAGCAGCAAUACAGACUGUGGCUGUGUAUGUAUCUAUUAUAUACGUGUAUGUAUACACAUAUACACAAAUGCAGAAUCAUCAUCACUGAAAAGUAACUGUCAAUACAGCUGCUUGUUCUAAAUAAAAAGGAUGAGUUAACAGAUUUUCUACUGUGGCUCAUAAAUUUGGGCUGACUAAUCUGUAAGUCUGACUAUACUUUUUCUAGUGAAGUCUCUUUCAUUUAACUUGUACGGAAGCAAGCUGGUUUUAAUUUCUUAAGUUUGCAAAAAGCGUGUAACAUCCCAUGUGCUAAAAAGUUAGGCAUUUUCAUGUCAUAUCAUGCAUUAUCAGAACAUGCUAUGGAAGCCUUUGCUGAUAUGAAAAAAUUCUCAUAAAAACUUAAUCAGAACAAUGAUUAUAAUUAUGGAAUUCUUCUGGUAGUUUUCAAGUAAAAGCUGUGUAUAACACUUCCCAAUGUUAGACAUUACUUUUUCCAUCUGAUACAGAUUUAAAAUGCAUAGUAUAUACAUAAAUAGUAGUAUCCAUCCAAUCUUUAAGAGUGUUCUGUUCUAUACUCCAGUCAAUAUGCGCUAUAAUUAUAUUGAUGGAUUCUGUAUUAAAGAAUAAGUUACAUUUUGAAGGGCUAAUAAGAAUGAGAAGUAGAAAAAUUUAGUUUUAAGGAAAGGCUUCCUUUCAAUUUUUACAAAAACAGAAAUAGAAGAAACAUAGCAAAUACUCCAGAGUAAAAAUCCAACACAAAAAAAAAAAAAAAUUGUGUCCUUCUGUGUUCUCUCUUGCGAAACAAACAAACAAUAAAUUUGUGUAUGGCACUUGCUUAUCAGAAUGUAAUCCAUAUGUUAGGAUUCCAGGAGAAUGAAAUGGAUCCACUGAACAACUUCUUCUUCAGAGAGGUUCAAUUUAACUAUUACCUUUGUCCACAGGUAAUCUAAGAUGUGCUGGGUCACCAUUCAUACCCAGUUUGCUUAAAGUCUUGACUCAAAGCACGUGUGCAUACCUAAAAUAAACCCUUAUUCAAUAGAAUUUCAGCACAUAGAGAAAUGGACCCUUGAAUUAUUUUUAAACGCUUCUAGUACUAUCUCUCCCAUAUAAGAUAACCAGGGUCUGUAGAGUGUACUAGUGUGUCCGUUUCGCUUAAAACUGUGACUCAUGUCUUCACCCUCUUUUUAAUUAUGAGGUCAAACACAGACUGAAGUUCUACUUAGUAUAACUGUGGCUUUCAGUGAUUGUGUAAAGUAAAAUCAAAUGGAUUUAAUUUUCUUUGAUAAAACAUCGUAUUUUGGUAACACAUUAAAUAAUGAGGAACAACCUGCCAGCCUCAUUACAGCAGAUGUAACUUGUGUAAGUUAAUUCAGAAACUUUGGUUUUUUUAAAUCUCUUGCCUAUAUCUUCAGGAGGAGUACUAUGUUAAAAGAUUGUCCCAAGCACCUGUAGUCAACAUGAAUAUAUAAAGUAUCAAACCUGAAAUAUUUUUCACAGAAUAUUUUGAAAUCACCAUAGAUGCAUUUGUUGUUGCUUUAGAUAAGACAGCACUGCAACUCUGAUACAUAAACAGUAACCAUCUAGAAAAGUAUAUAUCCUGCGGCAUUAAAACUCUGAAGUGCAAAUUAAUUUUGUGCACUGUAGGUUGGACGAGACACAGAGACAGAGGAAAGUGGCACAGAGCCACUGAAAGGAAGAACUCAGAUUAGUAAGCAGCCACUUGGGUGAGUGAGCAAGCUUCUGGAACACAGCCUUGGAGCCAGGCCUUGUGCAAGAUCCAGGCUGCUCCUAUCCCUCCUGUCCACAGAGAGAUGGCAGUGGCCGAUCAGAACCACCACUCUAAAGCCUCUAUAUGUUUCCAGGAGUGAUGAUGAGUUAGACUUUCAGGGUGUCUCCAGAAUAAAGAGAAGCCUGCUGGCAGUUUCUGAUUGUUUUUCCUCUCUUGGACUUUGUGUGACUUCUAACAGGCUCCAAAGGGACUGACUUGCACUGGAUUGACUGGAGGAUUUACUCUCUUUUACUGGGAUCUGUGCCUACAUGCCUGGGCUGAAAUGAUUGAAAAUGAGAGGCAUGGGCCCGCCACCCCACAGAGGCGAACUUCAAGAGGCCCACCCAGCCUGUGACAGCACUGGAGGGGGAUAAGCCUCUGUCUUAAAAAUGUCAAAACAACCAGCGUCACAUGUCAAAGCCAUUCAGGCUAAUAUUAACAUACCAAUGGGAGCAUUUCGACCUGGGGCAGGCCACCCUCAUAAAAGAAAAGAAUUUACACCUGAAGAAGUGGAGGAGAGUGUUCCUGCUUUGACAGAGGAGGAGAAACACAAGAAACAUCUCCCAGGAGCUAAGAAACUUCCAGGCCCUGCUGUCAACUUGUCAGAGAUUCAGAACAUAAAGAGUGAGCUGAAAUUUGUCCCCAAAGCUGAACAGUAGCUGGAACAAGCAGGUCUGAAAAGAGGAACUGAAUGGAUUCCAACGAAUGGAGAAAAUUUGAAAUAUUUUAUAUAUUUGUACGAAGUCUAUGAACUUCCUAACUCUGCAAUACUCCAUAGGAAGCAUCUUCUUUGUACAUUUAUAUCAAUACUGUCAUGUUGUCUACUUUGUUUAACAUAGGAAAAUGAUGCUGAAAUAAAACAGAACACAGCAACUAACAAUUAAUGUAUUAUAUAUUCAGGAAUGAAUUUGACCUGAGAAUGGGGAAUAGUGUGAUUCAAAGUUUGAGCAAAAAUAGAGUAAAUACUUUUAUAAAAAAUAAGUUCGU